ACGCCACCACCCCUUCCCUUCCCUUCCCUUCCGCCGCUUUCCAACGCGCACCCGGCACCCCCACAUCUCGCGUAUUCCCGCAUGUGCGCACGCACACUUGCGUCCAUUAAUUAAUCUUCUUUACCCUGCACCUGAGGAGGAGGAAUGGCUGAUGCCCCAGGCGAUUGAAUCGAAUCGGGGGAGGAGGGGGAGGUGGGGAGCGGGGGGGAAAUCUGAGUGAUCGGUUGUUCCUCGUCCGAUCGCCGCCAUGUUCUCGCGAUCCUACACCAACCUGGUCGAUCUCGCCAACGGCAACCUCUCCGCCCUGGACUAUGGUGGCGGAGGGGGAGGGGGCGGCGGCGGCAACGGGGCCGGGGGCCGGCCGCCGCGGGCGAGGCGGAUGCAGCGGACGAUGACGACGCCCGGGACGCUGGCGGAGCUCGACGAGGAGCGGGCCGGGAGCGUCACCUCCGACGUGCCCUCGUCGCUCGCCAGCGACCGCCUCAUCGUCGUCGCCAACACCCUCCCCGUGCGCUGCGAGCGCCGCCCCGACGGGCGCGGGUGGAGCUUCUGCUGGGACGAGGACUCCCUCCUCCUCCACCUCCGCGACGGCCUCCCCGAUGACAUGGAGGUCCUCUACGUCGGCUCCCUCCGCGCCGACGUGCCGUCCGCCGAGCAGGACGACGUCGCGCAGGCGCUCCUCGACCGGUUCCGCUGCGUCCCGGCUUUCCUCCCCAAGGACGUCUUGGACAGAUUCUACCAUGGCUUCUGCAAGCAGACGCUGUGGCCGCUCUUCCACUACAUGCUCCCCUUCACCUCCGACCAUGGCGGCCGCUUCGAUCGCUCCCAGUGGGAGGCAUACGUCCUCGCCAACAAGCUCUUCUCCCAGCGCGUCAUCGAGGUCCUCAACCCCGAGGAUGACUACAUCUGGAUCCACGAUUACCACCUCCUCGCCCUCCCGUCCUUCCUUCGCCGUCGGUUCAACAGGCUCCGCAUCGGUUUCUUCCUGCACAGCCCGUUCCCUUCGUCGGAACUCUACCGUUCCCUCCCUGUUCGCGACGAGAUCCUCAAAUCACUGCUAAACUGCGAUCUGAUUGGGUUCCACACCUUUGAUUACGCGCGGCAUUUCCUGUCCUGCUGCAGCCGGAUGCUGGGGAUCGAGUACCAGUCGAAGAGGGGAUAUAUCGGUCUCGAUUACUUUGGCCGCACUGUUGGGAUAAAGAUCAUGCCUGUUGGGAUUAACAUGACGCAGCUGCAGACGCAGAUCCGGCUGCCUGAUCUUGAGUGGCGUGUCGCCGAACUCCGGAAGCAGUUUGAUGGGAAGACUGUCAUGCUCGGUGUGGAUGAUAUGGACAUAUUUAAGGGGAUUAAUCUGAAAGUUCUUGCGUUUGAGCAGAUGCUGAGGACACACCCAAAAUGGCAGCGCAAGGCAGUGUUGGUGCAGAUUGCAAACCCAAGGGGUGGUGGUGGGAAGGACCUUGAAGAGAUACAGGCUGAGAUUGAUGAGAGUUGCAGGAGGAUAAAUGCACAAUUUUCACGGCCAGGAUAUGUUCCUGUGGUGAUUAUCAAUAGAGCCCUUUCAAGUGUGGAGAGGAUGGCUUAUUAUACCGUGGCAGAGUGUGUCGUUGUAACUGCAGUGAGGGAUGGGAUGAACCUCACACCAUAUGAGUAUAUUGUCUGUAGACAGGGAUUUCCAGAUUUGGAUGGUUCUGGGGAUGAUGGGCCAAGGAGAAAGAGUAUGUUAGUUGUGUCCGAAUUCAUUGGUUGCUCACCAUCACUUAGUGGAGCAAUUCGGGUAAACCCUUGGAACAUUGAUACAACAGCAGAGGCAAUGAACGAGUCGAUUGCUUUAUCAGAGAACGAGAAGCAACUGCGGCAUGAGAAGCAUUACAGAUAUGUCAGCUCACAUGAUGUUGCCUAUUGGUCCAAGAGCUAUAUUCAUGAUUUGGAGAGAAGCUGCAGGGACCAUUUUAGGAGGAGGUGCUGGGGUAUUGGACUAGGAUUUGGAUUUAGAGUAGUUGCUCUUGACCGCAACUUCAAAAAGCUUACUGUGGAUUCUAUCGUUACUGAUUACAAGAAUUCUAAGAGCAGGGUUAUACUGCUAGACUACGAUGGAACGCUAGUACCACAAACUACAAUCAACAGGACUCCAAAUGAAAGUGUUGUUAAAAUCAUGAAUGCUCUUUGUGACGAUAAGAAGAAUGUUGUUUUUAUUGUUAGUGGACGAGGAAGGGAUAGCCUUGAGAAAUGGUUUUCCCCUUGCCAGGAUCUUGGCAUUGCUGCCGAACAUGGCUACUUUAUGAGGUGGACCAGAGAUGAGCAAUGGCAAUUGAAUAACCAGUGCUCAGAAUUUGGAUGGAUGCAGAUGGCCAAGCCAGUUAUGAACCUGUAUACAGAAGCAACCGAUGGAUCAUAUAUUGAAACCAAAGAGAGUGCUUUGGUCUGGCACCACCAAGAUGCUGACCCUGGUUUUGGAUCUUCACAAGCUAAAGAGAUGCUAGAUCAUUUGGAAAGUGUUCUUGCUAAUGAGCCUGUCUGUGUAAAGAGUGGCCAACAGAUUGUGGAAGUGAAACCGCAGGGUGUCAGCAAAGGAUUUGUUGCUGAGAAGAUCCUAUCAACGCUGACAGAGAACAAGAGACAGGCAGAUUUUGUUCUCUGCAUAGGCGAUGAUAGAUCAGACGAGGAUAUGUUUGAAGGAAUUGCUGAUAUCAUGAGAAGGAGCAUAGUUGAUCCCCAAACAUCAUUAUAUGCGUGCACAGUCGGCCAGAAGCCAAGCAAGGCUAAGUACUAUUUGGACGAUACUAAUGAUGUUUUGAACAUGCUUGAGGCGCUUGCAGAUGCAUCAGAGGAGACUGAUUCACAGGAAGAUGCAGAAGAGAUAACAUCUAUCCCGGACCCGGAAUAGGCGUGAUGAUGUUUUAAAUCUCCUGGUGAUGUCAAUGCGUCAAUUGCCACCAGCAGUCUUCCUGACUAAAAUUGAAGCUGAUUGCCAUCAGCAGGAAGUGCAACUUUAGUAAUACUCAGUUAGACAAAUCAAUGUCAAUAAUCUUAGCGCUGCUCGAUUUUCUGCCAUUUUUCUGAUUUCUCUUAUGAUAGUUUUGGAGUAAUUCUCAUAAUAUUGGUAGAUAGAAAGGAGCCUGGGGGGAAAGAAUCCAUGGCGUAGUACAUCAUUUUUCUUUUACCUUGCUUGUUAGGUACAGUAUGGAAGAUUGGAGUAUUUGCGGGAGUACAAGUCGGAAAUUUGGUGAGCAAUUUUGUAUUAGAUCCUUUUAAGUUUAAAGCGAUAAAACACUAUUGCCAUUUAAA